CCAAAAUUUUCAUUCUUUCAUUACCAAUCAACGCAAAGCAUUGCGGUUCUGUCGGAACAAAACCACCGAAGAAGACGAUGGCGGAGGAGGAGGAGGUGUUGAGAAGGAGGAACGAGGAACUAGAGAGAGAAUUGAAAAGGAGUCUAGAGAGAGAAGAGAAGAUGAAGAUGGAGCUGCAGAAGACGUGGGAGCGGCUGCGCGUGGCGGAGGACGCGGAGGAGCGUCUGUGUUCUCAGCUGGGAGAGCUUGAAGCUGAGGGUGUGGAUCAGGCGCGUGCAUACAGAGAGCGUCUGGUAAUGUUGAUGGAACAGCUUUCGGUUGCUCAGAAGAUUAUUGAAUCGGCUUCUGUUCAGAGAUCAUGAACGGGUUUAUAAAAAAGGAUGUGUUUAUGUUUUGAAAGGACAUAUACAGAAUGUAAAUUUGAUUUCGUUGGCCACCAAGGUGUGUAAAACAUUAUUUUUUCAUGUGAGAUUAGGGUUUGGGUUUUGGUGUAAAAAAAUAUAUAGAAUUACCAGAUUAUAUUGGUGUAAAAAAAGUUUAUUGUGUUUUC